CUAUAUUUUGUCGCAGGACCCCGAAGGGUAAAGAUGGCUGCCCCCAAGGAACUCGCCGGGGAGUUUGAAACCUGGUUAAAUAGUCGUUUAGAUGAGUUGGAAAUCGACUGUGAUGUUUAUGCAGUUUAUAUUCUUGGUGUUCUUCAGGAGGAAGAGAGUGAUGAUGAAAAAUUAGAUGCUCUUGGAGGUAUUCUGUCCGCGUUUCUGGAUGAAAAUUCGCUGGAGGACGUAUGCAGAGAAAUAAUCAAGCAGUGGACUGACAGCUGCGCUUUAUUAGCUGCCAAAAACUGCCAGACAGAUGGUGAGGUGCAAGCCAUCGCCAACUUGAUUGAAAAACAGGCACAAAUUGUUGUAAAACAGAAAGAGAAGACUGAUGAUGACAAAAAGAGGAAAGAGGCUGUCCUUGCUCAGUAUGCCAAUGUAACAGAUGAUGAUGAUGAAGAUGUUGAAGAAGAUCUGACUGGAGCAGCUUGUACGUUUAACAGUGACAAAUCUCUAUUUAAAAACACCAACGUGGAGGAUGUUCUGUUGAAGAAGAGGCUGCAGAGAGACCAGGCUCGCGUGGACGCGCAGAAGAAGAAGGAACAGGACAAGAUGCAGCGGGAAAAGGACAAGCUUACCAAACAGGAGAGGAAGGAAAAGGAGAAAAAACGCACGCAGAAAGGGGAGCGGAAAAGAUAGAUAUUGCUUUAUUGGACACCCUGUACAAUAUUCCCAUUUUUUCCCCUUGAGAGUUAAAGUUAUAUUAACUAAGAACUAUGUGACGAUUGGAAGAUGACAUUCAUGCAUUUUAAGUCAGUGAAUAUUUCUAUGGACAUUAAGUAGAGCUGAGAGAAUACAUUUUGUAAUUGGAUAUUUCUAAUCUAAAAUGAGUAUAAUGUUCUGCUUUGUUCCUUUUGAAUAUUAAGUCAUUCAUAUUAAAGCCUAUCAAUAAUGGUUGGUUGCUGUAAAUACUGCACAAAUAGAAAUAACUCAUCACAGUGGUUUAAGGUGAAGUAUUAUUAGGCUGUGUGUAUGGCCCAUCACUUACAUAUUGUUCAAGAGUUAAAGUGCACAAAAUCUGUGGUCAGAUUGUAGCUGCCAACCAUUCUUGAAUACUAGUAUACUUUAAUGUCACUGCAGUUAUUCAAUCAGUCACUAACUAGAAUUGGUCCUAAUGAAUAAUAAUCUACGCUGUUACCAUUUCCUAGAUUGCUAUGCUACUCAGAACCACGGUAUCAUCUUGACAUUGUUGAAUUGAUAUUCCAAGAUUUUAUUUGUGUGUUGCUCUUCUGUUACAUGAUCAUUUCGCUCUUUUGAUCAUUUGAUAAUGUAAUUUGAAUAUAUCGUGCUGCUUUCACUCACUGAUGACAAAAUCAAAAGUGAAAGAUUUUAAGAUUUCAAUGCAAAGGUGCUAAAUAUUGAAUUUCAAAAUUGAAUGGCAAUGAAUAACUUGAUCUACUUUAAUUAUUAUACCUUGCUUCUAAUCUGGCUGUCACACAUUCACGCUUGUUCUGAAGUAAGAGGUAGCUAUCUAAGGCUGAUUCAUGACCUCACGAAUGCCGGUGACAUUAGAGCUGACAUUAGGAUGACUAGAUAAUCCCUGUCGGGGAGGUCACUUCAAACUACUGUACUUGGCUAAAUCCUUCUGCUCUUGUGCUUUGACUGGUUUGUUUCCUUGACUGAAAAACUCAUCCAACUGUUUGACAUUAACUUUAGUGACACAUGCAUGAGUAAAGGAGACUGACCAAUCAACUCAGCAAGUUAAAUCCUGGCUUUUUUAAUCGACAUGGUAGUUUACAAACCUGUCCUAACUCAAAGUGUCUUCCCUCACUUGCAUUAUCUAGUCAACCUAGGUAACAUGCUGCAUGUCAGUUGAAUAUUGAAAGGUGUCUAAUGGGUGCUUGAAAGAUCUAUGUGCUCUUUAAUUGCUGAUACAGGCAGGUAAAACCUGCUAAAUAUUUAUAUAAAAUGUAUGUUCUACUUCUCGCUGUUUUACACUAUAUACAGUAGAUUUGGAAUGGCUGGGGUUAUUUUAUUGUAAAGUGAAACAAGAGCCAUCGUGUGCUUAUUUGCAUUUUAGGUGACCUGUCACAGUGAUUUUUUUUUUACAGUAUUGGCUUACUUAAAGCCAGGAGUCAGUUGAACAUAUUUACUGUGACAUAAGAUUGUUACAGGCCUGAACUUCCUAGGCUGCAGUCUGGGUGAAUUCCAAGCUGAAUGCUGCUAUUAGAGACUUUUAUACAUAGCACAUUUUUGCAGACAAUGCCCAAAAAUACAUAUCAUGUAUGCUUUUUACUUAACAUACAGGUUUUCUAGGUGAUGCUAGACCAGUGGUUCUCAAACUGGGUCCUCUAGACCCAAUGCCCUGCUUGUUUUCCUGCUAUCCCUGCCCCACACAUGAGUCCCAGCUGUCCUUCAGUUUCUAAUUCACUGAACACACCUGAUCCAGGUAAUCAGCAGUGUGUAGGGCAGUGGGUCCUGAGGACCGAGUUUGAGAACCACUGUGCUAGACAAAUAUGAAAAAACUUAUACUGAGGAUGGAACAUUUAUAGCGUUUUUCUUCGUUCCGAAUGAAGCAUGUUGUUUAUCAGAAAAAGGACCCCAUAUUCAUUGUAUGAGAGUUAUUACAAUUAAUGAAGUCAUAAGGCAGAGAACUCUUGUAUAUGCUAUAAGAUUGUCACAAAAAAACCUUAAUGUCUGAUCUGCAUUCAAUAACUGAUCUAAAUUAUGAGUAUGACAAUGGCUAGAAUAUUUUAGUAGCCAUAAAAUAAUUUAUAACUGAAUUUUUUAUUUGUGAAUUUUAAAUAAAAUGUUUU